UUGACAGCGACAUGCCGCCGCAGGAGAAGUUCCCGGCAUCCGCGGGGGUUUCCGGGGACCUGUCCCCGCAAGACGCCAGUCCCGAUGGCGGUCUGUCGACCUCGGCCUCGUCCGAUGGGCUUUCGACUGUCAAGGGUCGCAAAAGUGACGACGACCCGGAUGACCAGGAGCAGCCCAAAGACAUAGACUUCGACGACCUGCUGCCGCACGUAGGUGAAUUCGGCACCUAUCAAAGGAUCCUGUUCGUGCUGAUGAUACCGUUCGCCUUCUUCGUCGCCUGGGUAUACUUCUCGCAAAUAUUCAUCACCCUCGUGCCGGAGGAGCACUGGUGCCGUGUGCCGGAAUUAGACAACCUUACGGUUGAAGACAGAAUCGCCCUGGCGAUACCAGUCGGGGAGGAUGGCUAUUCCAAAUGUAGCAUGUACGACGUGAAUUAUACGGAAGUUCUGUUAAACGGGAUCAGAGAGGCGAAUCCGAGCUGGCCGACGAAGGGUUGCUCGCACGGUUGGGAGUUCAAUUUUACUGACAUCCCCUACGAGACCAUAGCGACUGAGUUAGGAUGGGUAUGCGAGAACAGUGCGCUACCGACGACCGCCCAGAGUGUCUUCUUCAUCGGCGCGAUCUUCGGCGGCUUGAUCUUCGGAUGGAUCGCCGACAGAUACGGCAGAAUACCGGCGUUGGUCGGUGCCAACGUCACAGGUUUUCUGGCGGGCGUCGCGACCGUCCUGGCCGGAAGUUUCUGGGAGUUCGCGCUGUGCCGAUUCUUCGUCGGCUUCGCUUUCGACAAUUGCUUCACCAUGAUGUAUAUAUUGGUAUUGGAAUACGUGGGACCGAAAUGGCGCACUUUCGUAGCGAACAUGUCGAUAGCUCUCUUUUUCACAUUCGCCGCCUGUAUCUUACCUUGGAUCGCGUAUUUCCUGGCCGACUGGAGGAUGACUUGCGUCGCAGUGUCUGUUCCUCUGGCUCUGGCGAUGGCGGCACCCUGGUUGGUACCGGAGAGCGCGAGAUGGCUUGUCAGUCAAAACCAAGUGGAGAAGGCCAUUGGAAUCCUGGGUAAAUUUGAACGCAUCAACGGCACGAAAGUACCCGAGAACGUCUAUCAACAGUUUCGCGAAACUUGUGCCAGGGUGUGCAAAGAGCAAGAAGCGGAUAAGACUUAUUCCGUGGUGGAUUUAUUUAAAAGUCCACGUUUGCGAAAUGUUACGAUUCUCCUCAUCAUUAUCUGGAUGGCGAUAUCGCUGGUAUUCGAUGGUCACGUAAGAAACGUGAAUAAUCUCGGGCUCGACGUCUUUGUAACGUUUACCGUCGCGGCGUUUACCGAACUACCCGCCGACACAUUCCUUACCCUCGUUCUCGAUCGAUGGGGCAGACGAUGGUUGGCUUGUGGUACCAUGGUAAUUUCCGGAAUUUUCAGCAUUUGGGCAAGCAUGGUUUCAAACAAUAUUUAUUCGGCCACUCUGGCGAUCGUUGGAAGAUUCUGGGUCAACAUUUCGUAUAACAUCGGGCUUCAAUAUGCUGCCGAAGUAUUGCCGACUGUUGUGAGAGCUCAAGGAGUUGCCUUGAUUCACAUAAUGGGAUACGUCGCGAGUAUCCUUGCGCCUUUUGUCGUUUACUUGGACAUUGUUUCGUCCAUUUUGCCACUAUUGGUCCUGGGCGUUAUGGGGAUUCUGGGUGGUCUUUUGACGCUCUUGUUACCGGAGACACUCGAUAAAGAUCUGCCCCAAACUUUGCAAGACGGCGAAGAUUUCGGAAAGGAUCAGAAGAUAUGGGAUAUGCCGUGUCUCUCGAAAAAAAAACCUGUAGAUGUGGAAGUGCCGACGGUAGCUGUCUUCCGGACGUUCGAACGCAGCAGCUUCCGAAGUUCUAUGAGAGCAUCCAUUCGCGGAGAGACCUUGAGGAGCAGCAUGAUACAAAGAUCGAGUAUAAGAUCGCGGAAGAGCGUGAAUACGGCCACAGAAGCACAAAGAUCGAGCAUAAGAUCGCGGAAGAUGAAUAAAUACUCCGAGAGACGCAGCCCUGAUUUUCGACAUGCUGACGCAUUUUUUCUCUCUCUCUCUCUGUCUCUCUCUCUCUCUCUCUCUUCCGUUAUUCUUUCCUUCAGAAUUGUGUGAUACUGGAGCUACCAAAAUCAAAUUAUACAUACGUCUGUAUCCAACCGCCAAUGACAGUUUUAGAUUGAGGAAAAGACAAAGUGGAGCAUUACUCUAGCUCGUUCUAUUAAAUUUACUUAAUUAGAGGAGGGGAGGGUUGUUGUAAUUAAUUUUAAGUAUCGACAGUAUAGAGAAGUAGAAACGUCAAUUAGAACACUGUUAGAUCAAAAGAGCA